UUUAUCAUUGGAAGCGGUAGGGUUAAAGUAAAACACUACUGAAUGUGGAUUACUUAGGAGGUAAAUUAUCAGUCAGGUCUAUCAUGUCAUAGGUCACAAUUCGUCUCGAAAUAAGCAAACCAGCUACCGUCACAGAAAAAGUUCGUUUUUUUACGGUUGGGAUCUAACUGCAAGCGUUCUGUACAAAAUGUUUACAGUGAAAUGAAAUAGAGUUGUUAUGUAUCCCUUAGGGGAUACAUAUGUAUAUAACCCUCAUUUUUAUUACCUUCUAUAAAAAAGUCUAUUUGGAGUUAAGUAGUGUAGGAUGGAUUUGUAAUUCAGCACCAAAUAUCUCGUUAUAUUCGUGUGUGCACACACAACAUAUUGGUUAUAAUCAAGCAUUAAUGCUUGAUCGUAAUGAUCCAUGAAGAAAUUAUCUCUGGGUUGUUUGUCAACAAGGAAGGACCUGUGUAAUAUCUUACCUGAGCUCUCAAUUUCGGGGAAAUCUCCAAAGUCAAAUGAACUUCACUAAAGUUGGGGAAAAACCCAAAAUUCAGGGGAAUCUUGGGGUUUUGGUUCCAUUUCUUCAAAAUUUCCCAAAAAUGAGUCAAAUUUUUCCAAAAAUUAGGAGAUUGGGUACGUAUCUGUUACACGUGGAGUGCUCCUCUCCAACCAGUGUAUUUGUAAUCUUGCUAGCAGACUAUCUAUAGAGAAUGUUAGACUGUAAUUGUCCACGAAUUACCUGCUGAUAGAAGAAGUGACAACAUAAGACAAGAAAGCGUGGAUUAAUGCUCAUAAUUAUCAGCUGUGCAGCAGUGCAUUUUAUUACUAAGAAAUAUAAAACGACAUGUUAAAGAGAUUAACAAGUUUGUUUGUACAAAGUCUAUUUAUUCAACCAAGAACUACCAAUCAUUUUGCUGGACUGCAUACAUCAUCAAUUACCAUGGCAGAACCUUUAAAAAAGAAGAAAAGAGUCGGCCUAGCUGAUAGCCAAAUUCAAGUAACUAGAAAAGUUAGAAGAAUUGAAAGAGAAAUCAAACGACUUAAUCGUCUCGAUCGAAUAUUAAGACCAAUUGAAGAAAUUGAAGGAGAUCGUCAAUUAAAGAAAGAAAUAAAAUUACGUCAACGUCCAUCAAUAGAUAUUAGUGAAACGGAAUUAGAUGAACGAAUAGGUAUUUGGAAGAAUUGGACACGUUAUCAAAGAAAUGUAGCACACAAUGAAAUGAUCAUGUAUAAUUCAGCAAUUGUUGCUCAACAGAAUGCUUUAAAAUGGUUAUACAAAACAUCUCCCAAUUUAUACAAAGCAGCUAUUCAACCUUGUCCUGAAUUAAUUCAAUCAUCAGAAUUAUCAAAUGAUGAUAAUUUAGGAGUAAUAACAAAAGAAAAUGAAAUGAAUUAUUUAACAUUAAUAGGUCCAUAUAUGACUGCACCAAAAUUACACGGGGAAUUUAUUGACUCGACUGAAGAAUAUGAACCACCAGAUGGUGAACAAAUUGAUACAACAAUUCAAUUAACUUAUGAAUUUGAAAUUGAACCACAAUUAUUAGCUCAACCAAAGAAGAGAAAGUUUAUGUUUACAAAAAAAUGAAAUGUUCAAUUCUUCUUCUUUUUUUCUUUCUUUUCUUGUAUUGAUAAACAAAUUAUUAAUGACU